AUUUUUUUUAUUUAUAUCUUGCACACGUUUAUUAUAUGAUUUGCAUGCGUUAGAACGGGUUAGUCCAUGUACUGCCAUAGUCUACGUCAUACUUGUAUGCGAAUAGGGUUAUUUACACUCUGUGAAAGUGGAUGUGGGGGAACAGUGUGUUUUGGAGCUACAGCUAAAUCUCACAGCAGAGUAGUUUCUCUUAGAAACAAGAUGCCCAAGAAAGAGAAAACGAUCAAAAACACUCAGGUGAAGAAGCAGGCAGAAGCACCGACCGGUCCGAUUUCCAAGCUGAAAGACGGUGGAUUUGCAAUAGCGAUACACGCCAAGCCUGGAGCAAAGCAAAACGCCGUGACAGAUGUGAGCUCGGAGGCAGUAGGGGUCGCUAUUGCUGCACCUCCUACAGACGGCGAGGCCAACGCUGAGCUCGUGCGCUAUCUGUGCAAAGUGCUGGAGCUGAAGAAGAGUGAAGUCAUGCUGGACAAGGGCAGUAAAUCAAGAGAAAAAGUCAUUAAAGUCACUGCAUCAAUUAGUGAAGAAGAGGUUCUGGAGAGACUGAAGCGAGAAGCUGCAGGCUGAAGACAUUUCGUACGAAGAAAAUCUUUACUAUAAAAUAAAUCCCACUGACCACGUCAGGACAGAUUUAUUUCCUGAAUAUUUAUAAAGUAUUCAAUAUUUUGUCUCUUCA